AUGCCGCGACUGUUGACGAUGGCGUCAGUGAAGAAGAGAGGCUCUUCGGUGUGUCGAAGCUUACGGAGAUGGUUAAGAAAGGAAAAACGAAGCUGA